CCUUGUUAACUGGCCAGUUUGGUUUUUCGAGGAGAACUGGCUAUCCCAGCUAGCCGAGCUAGCUACUAACAGCCAUUAUAACGUAUAACAGCUGGGGCACGUUUGCCUGAGGGACCUCGUCUGUCAUGGAGGGCUGUGAGAGUUCAGGAAAAUCCUUCGCGGAGGAAUGGGACACGCUGGCACAAGCCCAAACAGAACCCGAUGUGGCUGCAAAGGACCCAACAGAACCCGACGUCUGCAAGUAUUUUUUAAUGGGCAGGUGUCACUUUGGGGACCGAUGUCGACUGUCUCAUAGCAGCCUGUCUGCAGAUGUGGUUUGUAACACUCGACAAGCAAAAGACAAAGGCAGCAGAAACCAGAGGACAAGAAAAAAAUCUAACAAAACAGAAAAGGCCAAAGGCAAUGAGACCAAAGAAGUUGAUAAAAAGCCGCGUAUGCGCACAGCCGAUGAUGUCAUUUCCAGGAUUUUAUGGGAUUCUUCCGUGGACCCAGGUGACUUUGUGGUGGGCCACCUGGACCGCUUUCUGGGGGUCCUGGAACGCCCCUUCUCUGACUUCUCGUGGGAUACUCAGGUGUGUGACUGUGACUACUCUGAGGAAAUGGCCAUUCCUCGUCACAGGAUCCAGUAUUUCAGCUAUAAAGGCCAGUGUGUAUGGGACCGAGAGAGCCGCACAGACCGAGUGUUUGGCUCUACAGGACAGACGGUGGUGCCCCCGUUUGAUAUGGAGGAUCUGCUGCUAGAGAAUACCGAACUAGAAGUAGAAGAGUCAUCUUCUGAGAAGACUGAGCUGGGGGAGUCUGUAGAGUCCGACACAACUGCAAUUGUUGAGGAUGGACCUCUCAGUGUUGCUGGAGACACAACAAAUGGAGAGAAGGCCAAGGAUGCUGGAUAUUCUGGCCUAACUCAAGAAGCAGAGGGACUCUCCAUCUCUCCCAGAAAUGAACCGCCAGCAGCCGAGGAAGAACGGAAAGAUGCCUGGGACGAGGAGGAGGAGGCGAAGGUGUUGGCAGCGGCGGUACCUCCAGGGCCACUUCCAGGCCGUGUGCCGCGGAAGCCCACCCACUUCGUUUGCUUCCGCGUGGACUCUCCUGCUGCUCUCUUGGCUUUCCAGCGUGUGCAGAGGAAGGUCCUGACCCACCUCCCCCAGUCAGAGCCCUUCUGGGUCAGCCCAGCCACGCUGCACGUCACUCUCACUCUUCUGGUCCUUCAUGACCCCGCUGAGGUGUAUGCUGCUGGCGAACUCCUCCGCUUCAUCAUCAGGGGCCGAUACAAGCCACCCAUCUCCGUCUCCUUUACCCCCAAACUGAAGCACUUCAAUGGGAAAGUUCUGCACCUGCUGCCGCAGCCAAAGUCAGACAUUCAGGGCCUUAAUGCCCCUCUCCAACAAGCCUUUAGGGAGAGAGGCUGGCUACACCGCCACUCACGAGACCCCACGUACCACCUGACCCUGGCCAAAGUAGAGGGGGAGGGUGUGUGUAGGAUGUUUGAAGAGGUGGGAACCAUUAAAUUUGCUAAGGAUGUGAACUUUGGCAAGCUGGAGGUGGACAAAUUAUAUCUGUGUGUAAACAACACACCAAAGACAGAGAGUGGCUUUUAUGAGACAGUGUGUGCUGUGCAGCUCCCCACUGUGUAACAGUGCAAUGUUCAGAACUCAAUCCUAAUGAUUAUAAACAUAUAAGUCAUAAGGUAGCAACUUUAACCAACAAUUAAACAGAUCUCCUCUGGAGCAAUAGCCCCUAACAAACACUCUUGAUUGUACUUACUGUACCAAAGACCAUAAUUAUUAUUUUAUUAGUGUCUGUGUUUAGGUGUUUAUUAUUCAUUAAUGACAGUAUUUUAGUGGUGAGCUCAAAGCUAUCACACACACCAAAACCUUACAGAAUCAUUUUGACACUUGAAUUUAAUUAACAUGAGUCAUAAUUAGUAGAGUCUUAAAUAAGAGUCAUACAUAUUUGCUCUAAAUUUUACUAUUUUAAUUCUACCAUUUUUUUGGUUCUAUGAAGGAAAAAUUAUAUCCACUUGUUUGUAGGAUAUUGCAUUUUAUUACAAUUUCAUUCAAUGUACUGCAAUGCUCCGUUUUUUGUAUACAAUCAGGAUAAAGAUAAAUUAGUUAUAAAAAUAAAUUUGUAAUACAUAGUGUAAUAUGUUUUUAUGGUCAAGGCUUUAAAUAAUUUACUAGCAAGAAAAACUACCUUGUGAAAAUGUUGAGACAUGUGACUUGGCAAAAAAAAAAAUAAAUUGACGUGACUGAA